CAUUGUGGCCCAAAAGGGGGUCGGCCCAUUAUAUCCAAGUGAUACUAAAAACCCUAAUCCCCUUCACUUGCCUUCUCUUAUAUUUUUUCUGCUGUAAGCAUACAUUUGCUCAGUUGCCGCAUCUCCAUUGCUCCAAAUCUUCAAGGAUCGUACUAGGAAGCUUCAGCAAGGAUGGGUCGUGUACGCACCAAGACCGUGAAGAAGUCAUCCAGACAGGUAAUUGAGAGGUACUACUCAAAGAUGACCUUGGAUUUCCACACCAACAAGAAGAUCUUGGAGGAAGUUGCCAUCAUUCCUUCAAAGCGUCUCCGCAACAAGAUUGCUGGGUUCUCCACUCACCUUAUGAAGCGUAUUCAGAAGGGACCCGUUAGAGGCAUCUCCCUGAAGUUGCAAGAGGAGGAACGUGAGAGACGUAUGGACUUUGUUCCUGAUGAGUCUGCAAUUAAGACCGAUCUGAUUGAGGUUGACAAGGAGACCCUUGACAUGCUUUCUGCCCUUGGCAUGUCUGACCUUCCCGGUGUUGUCAAGCAGGCUGCAGAACCACAAGCAGUAGCAGCUCUCCCAACCUAUGGUCGUGGUGCUGGUGGUUUUGGUGGCAGGAAAUACUAAGACUAGAAUAUAAGAUGUUGUGAACAAAUUUAAAGUGAGUUUUUGGUAGACUUAUAUGUUCUAGUUCUCCCUAAUUUUGUUCUUCAAGGAUUGUUAGAAGCCAAGUUCAUGUUAUUUAGUUUUUGUGAGAUGAAUGGUGAACUCUUGAAUCUUGGCUCUAAAUGCACGCAAGUUAUUUCCUUAA